AUGCGUCCACGUUUUUCAUUCCAGCCUUCUUGGAAGGCCUUGACAGGCCCCCUCUCCGGACAAAGUCCCUUGAGAGCAGCUUCCUCCAAGGCCAAGCCCCAGAAACGGUCGGACUUUUUUAUGAUUGCCCAAGCCCGUCAAAGAAAAGCGGCGAAUAUAUCCCGUCAAAAAGAACUCCAGGCGGAGCGAGAUGCCUCGCUCGGUGACCCAGUUGAAAGCAAGCCCACUGCUUUUAUUCAAGAGAUCCAAGCGGUUCAAAACGGAUCACAGGUCGCCGACCCUAGUCUGGGGUUGAACUACUACUUGAAGGCCGAUGAUCUCAUCGGCGCCCUCAAAUUGUCCCAGGACCUGACAGAGCCGCUUCAGAGCGCGGAUCGGGAUACUGCGGAUCCCCAACUCGAGAAGGAAGCCGCUGAGUCACACCAGGAACAGCAUCGCAAUGCGGAGGCUGCGAUUCAACGUAUAGCAAGCUUGAGCAAUGGUAACACGAAAGACCGCCUUCGAGUGAACGUACAGAGGUGCAUCGAACAAUUCGGCCGACACAGCACCGACUCCUUCCUCCCCCCCAAGCCUUCGAGUGUCCCACACAAGUCUGCACCAACACAUCCCGAGAAAGCGCCGCGUGUGGGUCCCGAUACAGGUUCUCCCGAGGUCCAAGCCGCGAUCUUGACUGUCAAGAUCAUGAAUCUCUCUCGACAUCUCCAGACCGCCAACAAGGAUAAGCAUAACAAGCGCAACCUGCAAAUUCUUGUUCACAAGCGACAGAAGUUGCUUCGUUAUGUUCGCAGGAAGGAACGAGGAGGUCCUAGGUGGCAGAACUUGAUGGAGAACCUGGGGUUGUCUGAGGCGGCAUGGAAAGGAGAGAUUGCUCUGUAG